CGGUUUCUAGCCGAGUUGCGUCAUGCGCAUUUCCAUGGAGACCAAUGACAGCUCGAGGAUCGCGUAUUACUGGGCAUUCAAGUGGCACGAUGUCCAAUAAAAGCAAGGAGUUUUCUUGGGUUACAAACGGCCCUCCUUUUCAUCACAUGCUUCGGGCUUCUGGGCAAGCUGAGGUCUGGAAUGAUUUUGCCGACGAGGCCAAAUUUCGUCAGUAUGGUUGGCGAUGUUCAACGAAUGAAGACUCGUAUUCAAAUACCACCCUCAUUGGUAACUGGUCAGAAGAGAGGGUUGACACUCGCCGUACUGUGGCGUUACGACGCCCCCUUCCGCAUCAGUUCUCCCACUACUUUGAAACCACAUAUUAUUCCAGCUACAAGAAAGACGACAUUCGGCCGAUUUACACAACCCUGAAGAGAGAGUCAAGAAGCUUCCCUGGCCACCAACCAGAAAGGGACCCUCCACAAACUAAGUGUGUGCCAAACUCCUGCUACAGACUGGACUUUAAAGGCCCUCAACGUAGAGUAGACAUAGUGGGGGAGACUUCAGAGCCUCAGUGCGGGAGUGUAGCAGAGACAAACUGAAGCCUUUGGCAGAGAAAUUUGGCUCCCAACAUUAUAUCAGCUUCAGUAGCCUCCAACUGACUUCUGUGAGUGAACCACUGUCAAAUAUUGAUAAAAAAAUAUUCUUAUAUUUUGCUCAAGCAUGUGUCUAUUUUUUAAUCAUGCAUACAGUGAAAAGAAAAUGUACCCAUGUUGAUUGAUUUUCCAUACAUAGUGAGGUUUGAUUAUUUUGGUUCUCAAUUUCAAUUAUAUUGUACUUUACUGCAUUAGCCACCUCGUAAAAUACAUACGAAUUGGUAGUGUUGAGACAGUGAGGAAAGUCAAACAUUUCUACAAGCAGCGCUAGACUAUACUUGAGUUUAAAAUGCAGAGCAAUUCACCAUUUCAACAUAUAUUUUGUAGGCCUACUCAUAGACUAAAUAUCUGCCAGACCAUUGAAUUCCCUAAUCUUUGAACAUUUUGAGUUACGCUAUGUAGUAAAAGAAAAAAUAAUAAUUUUGAGUUAAAAAAACAAGUUCACACUGGUUUUGAAUGGCUGAAGCAUUUAUUGAUAAUUAUAUAAUGACGUUAAUUAGUUAAUUCAGUGCUUCAGCUGUGAUUAAUGAGGAAAGCAGUGGACAGUGCAAAGCCAUGUUUUGAAGUUCUCCUUCUCACUUACACCUCCUAGUGGGGAUAAUGUAGCAGUUUAGGCCUUUGCUUUAGUGGAGUGAUAUAAAUAUAAGGAAAUAAGGAUAUUUAUCCUACAUCUUUGUCAGAACCUGCUUAUGUUGCUUUUCCAUAU